CAUUAGCUAUAUAAAUGAACAUCCUGCAGGAGAAGCUACUCGGCUAGUUAGUGGUUAACGCUAUGCUAAGCUCGCAACAAGUUUCUGAACAGCUAGCUAGGGCUGUUGGCUGGAGAAAAAGCUCCGAUUUGGGCUCGUUUUGAUAGCUUUUCAAGAACAAAUUGAGGUUUUUCGUGGCAGAUGUCAGCAUCAGCCCGUUUAACGCCCACUGGGUUGGUACCGUUACGAAAAAUAGCUGUUGCUAAUUAACCGGCUAAUUUCCAUUUCAGUACCAGUGAACGUAAGAAAAUUAGCACUGUUGGUUUCAGUUACCGUUACAUAUUUCUGUGAUUAUUCUGGGUUGGUAAGGCUUCUUGAAUUGGCCCAAACUAGCUUCUAAACUACCUUGGACAGAUACAUUAGUCUAAUGUUAUAUUUUAUGUUGUCUGCUAUAGUGAGACAUUGAGCCGUUUUCAUCCUAAUACUCUGGGUGCUCUGGGUGUGUUUCUGACAGUUUCAGUUCACUAUGGUGUUCGACACCGAAUUACAACACAACGACCAGCAACAAAGCAGUAAACACAUGGCACCAGUUGUAGAGACGUUGGGAUGAAUAGCAUAAGCAUAGCUUAGUCUGUUAUCCUCAGAUCAUAGUAUUUUAGUGGGACGCAGCUGUGAUGAAGCUAGCAGGAAAAGGAUAUAGUCAGUUUUUUGUGGCGAGACACAGCACCCUCUCAAACCAGACUUCCUGUCUCUCACACAUUCGGGCCUGUUUAACAAGGAGAAAAAAUGUCUCAGGCCGACAAAAUGAAGCAGGGCCAGUUCACCAACCCUGAGACCCCAGGGUACGUUGGAUUCGCCAACCUGCCUAAUCAGGUUCAUCGCAAGUCAGUAAAAAAAGGAUUUGAGUUUACAUUGAUGGUAGUAGGUGAAUCCGGACUUGGAAAAUCCACCUUGAUCAACAGCCUUUUUCUCACUGACCUUUACCCUGAGAGAGUCAUCCCUGGAGCAGCAGAAAAGAUAGAAAGGACGGUUCAGAUUGAGGCGUCGACAGUAGAAAUCGAGGAGCGAGGAGUGAAGCUCCGUCUCACUGUGGUAGACACACCAGGAUAUGGGGACGCCAUCAACAGCCAGGACUGUUUCAGCACUAUUAUCAGCUACAUUGAUGACCAGUUUGAGCGCUACCUCCAUGACGAGAGCGGUCUAAAUCGUAGACACAUUGUCGACAAUAGGGUUCACUGCUGCUUCUAUUUCAUCUCCCCGCUUGGCCACGGCCUGAAACCCCUGGAUGUCCAGUUCAUGAAGGCCAUUCACAAUAAGGUUAACGUGGUUCCUGUCAUCGCCAAGGCAGACACUCUCACCCUCAGAGAGAGGGAGAGGCUCAAGCGCAGGAUUCUGGAUGAGAUUGAUGAACACGGUAUUAAGAUUUACCACCUUCCUGAUGCUGAGUCGGAUGAGGAUGAGGACUUCAAAGAGCAGACAAGGAUCCUCAAGGCUAGCAUCCCAUUUGCAGUUGUAGGAUCCAACCAGCAGAUUGAGGCAAAAGGGAAGAAGGUGAGGGGCCGCCUGUACCCCUGGGGAGUGGUGGAGGUGGAGAAUCCAGAGCACAACGACUUCCUCAAGCUGCGGACCAUGUUGAUAACCCACAUGCAGGAUCUCCAGGAAGUGACCCAGGACCUGCACUACGAGAACUUCCGCUCGGACCGGCUCAAACGGGGUGGCAGGUUGUCCUCCCAUGGUUAUGUUCUGCCUCUGUCUCCUGCAAAAGGACCGGAGCCGGAGGAAAUGGACAAGGAUAUGAUCCUGCAGGAGAAGGAGGCUGAGUUGAGACGAAUGCAGGAGAUGAUUGCCAAGAUGCAGGCCCAGAUGCAGAAGCAGGGAGAUGAUGGAGACGGCCCCCAUGUGUGAAAAGUCUAUGGUUUGAGCCACUGCUCAACUUUGACCAGAGAGAUUUGGAUGGAAGCAGAAAAGGUGUAAAAGCUGUCUGGUUAUUGACUCGUAUUGCUUGCCACUAUCUUCAUUCAGUCCCACAUGGGAUCUGGAGUCUUUUUUUUUUUUUUUUUUAUAAUAUAUAUGCAUACAGUAAAGUAUAUCCAAACAGUGUUAUGUUUAUAUAUUUACACACGGUUCUUUCUUAUUUUUUUUUAAAGUUUCGUUUCAUUUUAUUAAAGUUUUUCCAGUUUUUUCAAAUGAAGUCAUGUGACCCAUCUUUAAAAAUGGUGGUAUAUAUUUUUAAUACAAACCCAUUGGGAUGUUUUGUUACUUUCCCCUUUUCUUUUUUUUUUUUUUGCUCCCUUUUUUUCGAGAAAACCAAAGUAUUGGUGCUUCUUUUCAGUGCUUUUAAUCCCAAAACAUCUUUCAAAGCACAUGCUAACAUUAGCUCUAUGAAAGAGCUUAAUUGGGAGAGAAAACUGGUGAAAACUAGUAGCAGAAACAGCUUUUUUAUUCCAUUGUCUCAAUAUUCUUUUUGUCAAGUGAAAACAUAAUUUGAGAUUACCACUCAAGCUUCCCACCAUAUAGGGUUCACCCUGCUCAGUGUUACUCACGUUAUCCCACUCAUAUGCAUGCAACUCUUGACCCCAGCUGCAUUCAAGUGUUGUGAAGCUCCUUUUGAGUUUGAUACGAAUCAAAUAAACUGUGAUCCUCGACCUCUUACGGUGUUCCUGUAAAACCAACAAAUGAAGGAUGGGCAAAUGAGGUGUUUUUAACUGUGACACACCUCUGUUUGGUGCUUUGGUGCAUCUUUCAAUUAGAUAUAUUUACUUCAUGUCUCCUCUAUACUGUAAAGUGAAGUCAUGUGCAAAGGAGCAUUGAUAUUUUGUGUUUCAUUGAGAUUUAAGAGGUAUAAACUUGUAUGUGUCCCGACUGCAGAGUACUUUGUGCUUUCCGUGAUCGCAGAGGUUAAAGGUGACCCGAUGAGGUCAGUGUAGCCAACGUUUCCCUCACCAGCCAAGAUGUGAGUUCUUGACAUUCCUCUUUGUGCUCUUUUUAUCCAGUAUUCAAGUACCAAAUAUUGUACUUGAUGCAUAUAUUGUAAUAAAGGUUUUAUUAAACUUGA